UGCCACAGAAUAUGCCACGACCUUUGUUGAUUCUCGUGGUUCCAAACUCUUCUGCUGCGUAACACAUCUGAUUUGUCGUUUUCUCAAGCUAUACCAGUGUGAUGAUAAUCAGGUAAACAAAAGUUUCACAACAAAGUUUGUAGUUGAGCUUCCUAAGACCACUUUCCAUGGCGUGCUCUACAACGCUUUUGUCGAAUUCUUUUCACCUUAACCAACUUACAAAUAAAUGUAAGCUACAUGUAUAUCCCACACUUUCACUUAAUCAAAACUUUCCAAUAUAUUCUAAUAAUCCACUCAAACUGCAUCCUGUAUCCACCACUAUACCCUUUGCUUCUGGUUCUGCAGGAGUUAAGUCUCCAGUGCUGGGUGAUGAUACCUCAAGUUCACUCGAAUUGGUGAAAGUCUUUGAUUUGGAAGGAAAUGGGAUUCCAAUAUCUGACUUGUGGAAAGAUAGGAAAGCAGUUGUUGCAUUUGCUCGUCACUUUGGGUGUGUGCUUUGCCGCAAAAGAGCUGAUUAUCUUGCAUCCAAGAAGGAUAUAAUGGACGCAUCUGGUGUAGCACUUGUAUUGAUUGGACCUGGCAACAUUGAUCAGGCCAAAGCCUUUGCUGAGCAAACAAAAUUUAAAGGAGAAAUCUAUGCAGACCCUGCUCAAUCGUCAUAUGAGGCCUUAAAAUUUGUUUCUGGAGUUUUAACCACAUUUACCCCCAAAGCAGGUCUUAAAAUAAUAGAAUUGUAUAUGGAAGGUUAUCGACAAGAUUGGAAGCUUUCAUUUGAAAAGGAUACUGUUAGCAGAGGAGGCUGGCAACAAGGAGGAAUUAUAGUUGCAGGUCCUGGUAAAGGUAACAUCUCCUACAUUCACAAGGACAAAGAAGCAGGAGAUGACCCAGAAAUUGAAGAUAUCUUAAAAGCAUGUUGCUCGUGAAGAAAGAAGAGAUGGAGCCUCUCAUCGUAAAGCAUGUACAUCAUCAUAUUUAGCUGAACAGUAGCUUUUUCUUGAGGUUUAGUUAUGAAGAGAUUAAUUUAUAAAUUAUAACCAGCCAUUUGCCAAAUGGCAAGCUCACAUCACAAUAUAGAAGUUAUUCUAUAGUUUGUUAUAAAAUCUUGUAUAUAAUAAUAUUUUUCAAUCUGCAGUGGAAUGUGUUGGACUUCUAAAGAAAAAUUGGUUCAAAAAGUUAUGCUCUGCGUCUA